UCUCCUGAGGGCAGGACUCAAUGACUGCUCUCCUCCCAGCUCCGGGUUGCAUCAUGCCUGGGAACUUUGCUCCAAUAAGGGGCUUGCUUUGUGACUUGUGGAGGGAGGCGGGUGCAGCGGUGCCAUCAACAGGACGGGAAUAAAGAAAAAUAGCCACACAUGAGCAACAUCACCCACGGAGAGGAACCACUGUGUUGGAUUUCCCCCGCGGAUUUGAAACAGUCCACGUGUUUUUUGCGUGAUUUGUGCAUGGAAGGAAAUCCGUAAGUGUAUCGGUGAAUUGUCACAGGAAAAAGGGGCGCCCAAAUCUGUCCCUCCUGAGGACGGGACCUGUUUUUGAAGCUCAACAACAAUGGACUGCGUUUCCACCGGGACCCUCUGUUGGAGACACACGUGGGAUUUUAGCGCUUCAAACCCGGACGACAUUUGUGUGUUUUAGUUUAGUUUAACGGCGUGUCGUUGAGGGGGGUCGGUGACUGGAGCCCGUGAUGCCGGCGAGAAACAGGUAUAACCUGGUGGAUGAUUUGGCGGACUCGAGGGUGCCGCUGCAUAACGAGGAAGCGUACCAGCAUGGGAUUUCUUUCCAAGCCAAGUAUGUGGGGAGUCUGGACGUGCCCAGGCCCAACAGCCGGAUGGAGAUCGUGGCGGCCAUGAGGAGAAUCAGGUAUGAAUUCAAGGCCAAGAACAUCAAGAAGAAGAAGGUCAGCAUUGUGGUGUCUGUGGACGGGGUGAAGGUGUUACUGAGGAAGAAACAGAAGAGGAAAGAAUGGACAUGGGACGAGAGCAAGAUGCUGAUCAUGCAGGAUCCUAUAUACAGGAUUUUCUACGUGUCUCAUGACUCCCAGGACUUAAAGAUCUUCAGCUACAUCGCCAGAGAUGGAUCCAAUAACUCCUUCAGAUGUAACGUCUUCAAGUCAAAGAAGAAGACGCAGGCCAUGCGGAUAGUGCGUACAGUGGGUCAGGCCUUUGAGGUGUGUCAUAAGCUGAGUCUGCAGCACGCUGAGCAGGACGCAGACGGACAGGCGGACGGAGAGAGCGACAAGUCCACUGAAGAGUCCAGCAGUCAUGAUCGUAAGCUGACGGGGACAGAGCAGGGGGAGGAAGAGGAGGACAGCAAGCUUAAAGGAAGACGAGGGGGGGAAGAUCCUUCAGCCGGCACCUCGCUGUGUGAGAAGGCCCUCAGUGAAAUCUUGCAGAGCCUCACCGAACUGAACGUGGUCAAACCUGGACAAACCAUCAUUGACUUUGAUCGGAGGUCCCUAUUCACCGUGACUUCCCAAGGAAUAACUCCCAGCAGCCCUUGCUCCCGGUCUCUGACUCCGCUGGCAUCGCAGCAUUACCUGCAGCUCCUCCAGCAGCAGCUGCAGCAGCAGCAGCAGCACACACAGGUGGCCGUCGCACAGGUGCAGCUGUUGAAGGAUCAGAUGGCUGCAGAGUCGGCCGCUCGUUUGGAGGCUCAGGCCCGGGUCCACCAGCUGCUGCUGCAGAACCGGGACCUGCUGCAGCACCUGGCUCUGCUGGUGCAGCAGCUGAAGGAGCUGGAGGCCGACGCCCCUAAAACCCAAGCAGGACCCCUGCCAGAGCUACAGGCUAAUGGACUCGAUGGUCCUCAGUCCCCGUGCGGCUCAAUAACAUCAGCAAAGGCUCUGACUCUGAAUCUGAAGAAGAACUACAUCCAGACGCUGGACCAGCUCAUCACCUCCACACCUGCAUGGCCUCUCCAAUCCUCCCCCCUCUCCCCCUCCGCUGUGGACAGUGCUGAGUCCUACCUGAACCUGCUCAACCUGGAGAACAGCAGCGAACCUGCAGCGCCGUUAAACGGAGACGCUGACUCCUUCAUCAGGGCCAACGGGAGCGCAGAAACCAAGGAGAGCUGCAGUGAGAUCGUCCCAUUCACGCUGAGGAACUCCGCCAACAUGGAUGAAAAAUAUAAACAGAUGAUCCCGAAACUCGACCCUCCGCCCUCCAUGAUCCGAAAGCGCUCCAGCAGGACUUUCUCUCCGGGCUCCGGAGAGGUCACAGGUAACGACGGGGGCCCCAGCAGCAGCAGCAGCCUCUCGUUACCCGACAUCACCCCAAGCUCCCUGUCCUCCGCCGAUUUCCACUCCCUCAGUAAUGGCGAGAGCAGCUCCUGCUCAGCCAGCGAGGACUCGGGGGUCCGGUCCGAAACCAAGUCUCUGCUGUCACCUUUACGCGAUGACGACGACUUGUUUGGGGACCGUGGGACGUUUUUAACGGCCUCCAGCGGCUGCGACGAUCUCUUUUCCUCAGAGUUGUACCCUGCUGAUCCCACCUCACAAGCGGACACUAACGAGCACCCACCGCCCUUCUCCUCCCCCAUGAACGACACCUGCCUUCACAUCAGCUUCUCCGAGGACGAGCUGCUGGAGAACAACCAGGAGGAGCCCAGCGUCCCUCAGAGGAGUUAGGAGGACCAAGACCCCUCACUUAUCGACUCUUAAUGCAAUACUUACUGUCAGACCCUCUUCUCUUUGCACUGUGCUCCACAUCAGGACCUUUAAUUAUUCCGUCCACUUUGACACAGUCCAAACAUAGCAUAUUCCAGUUAAUGAUCAUUAAUCUAUUGUAUAAAUGAUUAGCCAAUGGACAGAUUUAGUAUUUUUGUAAUGAAUUCUAAUCUAAUUUAACUUUUUAGUGACUAGAAUGUGAAGCAGAAUACAUGUAGCAAUUCUUGCACUGUUGAGGUCACACGUACGUUAGAAAGUAAGGGAACACAUUUUAUUUUUGCUAGUAGUCUACCUUUUAAAAUGUUGUUUUGUAUGAUGCUUCUGCUGCGGUGCAAACUAUUGUGGAAAAUAUUGUUUUCUGCAGAUCUCAGAGUGAUCAAAGUGAUGUUGGGAAGAGCCUCGCCUUCUGAAAAGCACCUGACCCGACGAUGGAGGUUAAAGACAGGAAACAGGAAGUCAGGAUAAAGGAAAAAGAGAGGAUAGAAGUAAGCAGUGAGUUCAUUCAUCCACAUCACUUUGUGGCUGUGGGAGGUGUUUAGUUGUUAUUCACAGAGUUGAGAUGGUUUAGGAAUGUUUUAAGCUAUUUUUUUUUUUUUUUUUAGACUUGCAGGCUUUAAAGCAGGAAAUAAAUGCCAUAAACGAAUAGAUUUUGUACUUGGGAGUUGUAACCCUUCAAAAGCAUUUAAUUUAUCAUAUUUUAGUUGUGAGAAACAACAAAGUAGGAACGCAAACCCUCCGAAAAUCAUGCAGGAAAGCUUUGUAUGUGUCAGUGUGGAGAGUGGGUUAUUAAAUGCCCCCUCACACACAAUGGGAAGAUAAUUGGGCAAUCACAGAGGACCUUGGAGAAAGACAGCUUGGCAGAUAGAUUUUGUCGCGCUGCCUCAAUCUUAGAAAUCCUGAACCACCAGCAAAAUGUUUCAUUAAGAGCUGUCAGGGUCAAUUAAGCUGACACUGUAUAUACGGAUAUCAGUAUAGAGCUACAACAAUGUGUCAAUAAGUCUUAAUAAAGAAAAUUAAUCUACUGUAAGACAAUUUACUCUGAUUAAAGUCCGAUAUUAGGCACAAAUGCCCCAAAAUAUACUGGUUUGAGCUUUUUAAAUGUAAAAAUUACCUGAAUUUUAGGAUCUUUUUAUAUUUUCCCUGAAUAUAUUUAAUGGAUGAAGUGUUAAGUGAUUGGCAGAUAAUGUAAGUAAUCAUUUUCUGCAUGUAUCUGGUCAACAAAGCAAUUUUAUUUGAAUGUACAUGCAAGUUGCAAGAUUUUAUGCAAAGUCUUUUUAGUAAAUUGAGUGCCGGUCCAACCCUUAACAGGUAGAAGAAAUAGUAAGUGGACAGGAGAGGAAAAACAGUGCAGGAGAGAUAAGAGGGGCAUGUUACGGUGCAGGUGUUAAACGCCCGGAGGCUAAGCUUUUAGCACCCAGAAACGAGGCUUUUCUCACCAUCCAAUGAGGCAGGAAGCUAAAACAGCAAUAACACCUGGAAGAAAAUAAUAAUAAAGAGGAAUAGUGGAA